UCCCGCCUCGCCAUGAUGACGUCACAGCUGACGCGUUCAUUCGGCGUCGAGUCUUCAGAGCUGAGCUCCAUCAGUGAAAGACAAAGACAGAGUUUAUUGAAGGACAGUGAGAAGAUGAGUGAUCCAGAACCCUGCAGAAUUAAACAGGAAGAGACUGAAGAACUAAUAGAGCUGACUGAAGCCAGGAAGGACCACCUCGAUGUCCACUCAAAGAUGAAGGGUUUUGUAUGCUCUCUGUGUGGGAAGAGUUACAGUCGUCAAUACGUUUUAAAAAUCCAUCAGAGGAUCCACACUGGAGAGAAACCUCACAAGUGUUUACACUGCGGCAAAUCAUUCAGUCAGCUUCAACCCCUGAAAGCACAUGAGAGGAUUCACACUGGAGAUAAACCGUGCACGUGUAGUCAGUGCGGGAAGAGAUUCAGACAAUCAUCCAACCUUUAUCAACACAUGCUGACUCACACUGGAGAGAAAACACACAUAUGUGACCAAUGCGGGAAAGCUUUUAUAAGGCCUUCAGCGCUGAGGAUCCAUCUUGGAGUUCAUACAAAGGAGAAGCCGUACUCGUGCUCCGAGUGUGGGAAGAGCUAUACAGUGCAGUCGCAUCUGAAAGUACAUCAGAAGAUCCACACUGGCGUGAGAGAGUUUGUGUGCUCCGAGUGUGGGAAGAGUUUUAUCCGAUCGGGAGGAUUGAAACAGCAUCAGAGGAGUCACACUGGAGAGAAACCGUACAAGUGUUCACACUGCGACAAGAGAUUCAGUCACUUACAAAAGCUGAAACUACACCAGAGUACUCACACUAAAGAGAAACCUUACAAGUGUUCACACUGCGGCAAGAGUUUCAGUCUUCUGCAAAAGCUGAAAGCACACCAGUGGACUCACACUGGAGAGAAGCCAUACGCAUGUACUCAGUGUGGGAAGAGCUUCACCAAAUUAUCAUAUGUUAACAAACACAUGAAGAUCCACGCUGGAGUCUAGCCCUACAAGUGAUCACACUGCGGCAUGGGAGCACAAUUGUGAUACCUAAUAUCUUCUUCAAACUAACUUUGGUGUCAAAAACGUUUGCGGCUCCAUUCCCCCUAACCCUGAGAUAAGUGCGUUUACACUGCUUGUAAUUUCUCUAUUGGCAAACACUAGGGGUCACCAGACUUGUUCCUGUAGGGCCGGUGUCCUGCAGAGUGUAGGUCCAACCCAAGUGUGCCGCAAGCCUGCGUUUGAGUGAAGGUCUCGGCCGUUAGAUCGCCCCCUGGGGGCUGGCUGCAGUACAAGUCAUAAAGCCCGCCUCCUCCGUGUUAAUGAAGGAGACUUGAGCCCAAAUAAAAAAAUGUAUUACACUUGCAAUAAAAUGUCCCGAAAGAUGGUUCUGGUGGAUUAAGGCACUGGUUAUUGUGCUGAAAUAGGUGCAGAUCUUCAUUUUUGUAAACAGUUUGUUUUUAGCAGUAAUUUAAUGCUGGGCGUGUCAUCGUGAUUGACAGCUGUGAUUGACAGUUUCUCAAAGCAGCGCGUCUGAGCUUCGGCAGGAGACUGAAGUGUUAUUAUUCGAUUUCUGUGUUAUUUUACCAUGAUAAAAUGAGUUCAGCAGUAAACUACAGUUUCUGAC